AUGACGGAUGGCCCGCGUUUCGUGGAGCCAAUCUCCAACGUGACGGUCGCCCUCGGAAGGGAUGCCUCGCUGUCGUGCGUCGUCGACAACCUGGGACAGUUCAAGGUGGCGUGGAUCCACAUCGACCGGCAGAUGAUCAUGACGAUCCACCGGCACGUGAUCGCGCGCGUUCCUCGCUUCAGCGUGUCGCACGACAACCAGAAGACGUGGCUGCUGCACGUCAGCGACGUGCAGCAGGAGGACCGCGGCUUCUACAUGUGCCAAGUCAACACCAACCCCAUGAUCAGCCAGACCGGCUACCUGCAGGUCGUGGUGCCGCCGAACAUCAUCGACGAAGAAUCGACGCAGUCUUCGGUGGCGGUCCGCGAACAUCAGAACAUCACGCUCACCUGCAAGGCCGACGGCUUCCCCUCGCCCAAGAUCAUGUGGCGCAGGGAAGACGGUCAGGCCAUCAACAUAGAUCGCCGCAAGAAGGUGAACGUAUACGACGGGGAGAAGCUGAACCUUACGCGCAUCUCGCGAACGGAGAUGGGCGCCUACCUGUGCAUAGCCAGCAACUCAGUGCCUCCAUCCGUGAGCAAGCGGAUCAUCGUCGACGUUGAGUUCUCCCCAAUGAUCUGGGUGCCGAACCAGCUGGUGGGCGCGCCGUCAGGUACGGACGUGAUCAUCGACUGCCACACGGAGGCGUACCCGCGCGCCAUCAGCUACUGGGUCUACAACAAUGUGAUGCUGCUGCCCACCAGCAAGUACCACACCGACAUCCAGGAGACGUCGUACCGCUCGCACAUGAGGCUCACCAUCCGGGGUCUCACCGCCAACGACUUCGGCAACUACCGCUGCAUCUCCAAGAACUCGCUGGGUGAAACUGAGGGUUCCAUAAGGCUCUAUGAGAUUCCCAGACCGUCAACGCCACCGAAGGCUACAGAGAUACGAAGUGGUUCCUCGAAAGAAGAGAGACUCGCGUCUCCUCCCACGCAGUGGCCAGUGCGUCAAGACGCGGCCGUAGACGGCGCCCCGGCGGGCAGCGCGGCCGCCGUAGACCGCAGGGGGGUGGGGGUGGGCCUCUCCCCGCCCGCCCCGGCUCCCGCCCCCGCGACAACUGCCGCCCCCGGGCUCUCAGGCGCCUCGCAAGGUUGCCAUCAUUCCAGUCUGAGUGGAAGAUUGCCCCCACUGGUCCUGGUGUUGGUCACAGCCUACUGCAGUCUCUGAGGACAGAGGUGCAGCCUAUCCCCGGAUGAGAAGACAUGGCUGUACCUUAAAGAGUUGGAUGUUUCCAGAAGAUCUGCAGCCAGUGUAACGUCACCAGAGGACAUUGGUGCUACCACGCUCCAUCAUCAUCUGAUGCUUCGCUCUCUCAUUAUUAUCUCAUCCUCUCGUGUAAAUAACUGUCAAAUAAAAUGCUUUACCCUUUCAA